ACGUAGAGAAGAAUAGGUCAAAUUGAGCCUUUUGGCGUUUGUUGGAUGUGUAACCAAACAGGAAAUAAGGGAAUGGAGAUUUGACCUUAUUCCGGAUUAGGGUUAACUUUUCACCACCCCACUAUCACCGUUGUGGUUUCUUUAGGCGCCAAACAUCGCGUUUCUCCUCUCUCAGCCUCGGGGAAUAUAUAGCGAUGGGUAGCCAAACGCCUACAUCUAUUGAUCGUACGAGGACAUACUGGACACCUACAAUGGAGCGAUAUUUCAUUGAUCUUAUGCUGGAGCAGAUGCAUAGAGGGAAUAGGAUUGGCCAUACAUUCACUAAACAAGCCUGGACUGACAUGCUUGCCGUCUUCAAUGCAAACUUCGGAUCUCAAUAUGACAAAGAUGUCUUAAAAAGUCGUUAUACAAACUUGUGGAAGCAAUUCAAUGAUGUCAAGAAUCUUCUUGGCCAGAAUGGGUUUUCUUGGGAUGAAUCUCGACAAAUGGUGGUAGCUGAUGAUUAUGUCUGGAAUGCCUACAUCAAGGCUUACCCUGAUGCACGAUGCUACAAGACGAAAGCAGUGCUGAAUUUCAAUGAUUUGUGCUUGAUAUAUGGGUAUACAACUGCAGAUGGAAGAUACAGUCGAUCUAGUCAUGAUUUGGACUUUGAUGAUGAAGUCCAAGGGUUAAAUAUGGGUGAUGCAAUGGGCAGUUUACCCUCAACCAAUAAUGAGCGCCCAAGAACUGAAUGGAAUGCAGAAAUGGACCAAUAUUUUAUUGAGCUUAUGCUUGACCAAGCAGGAAAAGGCAAUAAGGUUGAUAAUACAUUCAACAAACAAGCAUGGACAGACAUGCUUGCUUUAUUUAAUGCAAAGUUUGGUCCUCAACAUGGGAAGAGGGUUUUGAGACAUAGAUAUAAGAAACUGUGGAAGUACUACAGUGAUGUGAAAGUUAUUCUAAACCAGAAUGGUUUCACGUGGGAUGAAUCGCAGCUAGUGAUCACAGCUGAUAAUGCUGUUUGGGAUGCUUAUAUAAAGGCACAUCCUCAUGCUCGAACAUAUAGAAUGAAAACCCUUCCAAACUUCAACGAUUUGGGCCUAAUAUAUGGUGAAGCAAUUGAUGAAGGAAGUCUUAAUAAUUUGACCCAGGAAUGUGACAUCUCCAGAGCAACAGCUGGUGAUAGGAAGGGAAGCAUGAAUUGUGAUCGUACAAGAACAUUUUGGACUCCACCAAUGGACCGAUAUCUCAUUGACUUGUUGCUAGACCAGGUCCAUAGAGGGAAUAAACUUGGACAGACAUUCUUAACACAGGCUUGGGUUGACAUGGUUACGUCGUUCAAUGUCAAAUUUGGUUCUCACUAUGAUAAAGAUGUUCUCAAGAAUCGAUACAAACAUCUAAGGAGACUGUACAACGACAUAAAGAUUCUUCUUGAGCAAAGUGGAUUCUCAUGGGAUGAAACAAGGGACAUGGUGAUAGCUGAAGAUAGUGUCUGGAAUGCUUACAUCAAGUCACAUCCAGAUGCUCGAUCAUACAGAGUUAAAACUGUGCCAAGCUAUCACAAAUUGCGUGUAAUAUUUGGACAAGAAAAUUGUGAAGUAAGAUACAACAGAUUGACUCAAAAAGCAGGCACUGAUGAUUAUUCAACUGUCUUGAUGACCUCUAAUGGUAAUGAGAAAAAUGACCAUUUACCUGGUGGUAUUUAUCAUCUUGAACUUGAGUGGACAACCCCAAUGGAACAAUUUUUUAUGGGCCUUCUGCUAGAACAGGUUCGGGAACAGAAUAAGAUAGCUCAGGCAUUCAAUGAACAGGCAUGGGUUCAUAUGGUUGAAUCAUUCAAUGAAAAGUUUCAGCUUCAAUUGGACAAGAACAUAUUGGAAAAUCACUACAUCUGCUUGCUGAAACAAUACAAUGACAUUUGUGAUCUUCUCAAUCAUAAUGGGUUUAUUUGGGAUAAUGAUAAGAAAAUGGUUGUGGCAAACAAUGAUGUCUGGGAAGUUUAUGUGAAGGAACACCCAGAUGCAGUGUCGUACAGGGAUAAAGUCUUGGGCAGUUAUCGUGAUUUGUGCAAGAUUUUCAGAGAUGAAGUAUUAGAAGGAAUACCAUGUGGUCAGGUUCUAGGAGAGGGAACUGAUUGUUUUGCCUCUGAAGUUAUUUUGGAUAGAGCAUCUGGAAACUUACAAACUCUUAGUGGGGAUAUUAAUUUGUCUGAUCAACAGAUGAAACGGUCAAUUGCAACACCACAGUUGGAACGAGCAAGCAAGGCACAGAAAACCGAGCAGGAGAUGCAGAAGAUGCUAUCCAAGAUGGCUGGUGCAGUCACAAGAUUGGCAAGUAAGAAUGGAAAUAAGAACUAUUCAACAAUAGAAAAUGCAGUUGAUGCACUUCAAGCCCUUCCGGACAUGGAUGAUGAGCUCCUGUUGGAUGCUUGUGAUCUACUGGAAGAUGAGAGAAAAGCAAAAACAUUUUUGGCUUUGGACAUUACAUUACGAAAGAAGUGGUUGCUCAGAAAACUUAGGUCAUAGAAGUAGCCUUUGCUGUGUUAAAUUCUGGGAAUAUUUGACAUUUUCUUUUCCUUUCCACAACGAGCAUAGCAUUUAUAUUCCAAGUCCCGUCCAGUAUGCAAGGAGGCAAGGUUUACAGAACCUGGUUCUAAAAUUUUGUAGCAUAUGAGCUGGUAAUGUUGUCUAACUUCCAACAUUUUAAUGUUUCUGGAGGUUCUUUUGUUAAUGAUGUUGGAAGGGAGUUGAACGAUGCUUUGCAAGGCUUGUAAUGUACUGAAGGAAGACGAAGAGUCAUGCACAUCGUCCUGCCUGUCUCACUUCUCCGAAACGUCUAAACCGAACCCUAUUACCCUAAUUAGGAAUUAAUAGUAAUUACUUGAAA